CGCGAGAAGUGUAAUUCUCGGGGAAGCUGUCAUGGCUGCGCUCGUAGGUGGCCACGGGGUACCUUUCUAAGCAAAAAUUUGGAAAAAGUCUACAUGUCAAAGAAGAAAGUAGCUAAUAAAAAUAUUGAAGUGUACUGCUGUAAAAAUAACUGUUUGGAAGUCUGUGUAGCAACAUGGACAUGUCUAUGAUACGGAAAAUGUCAGCACAAUGGAAGUGACUUUUGUUUCAUAUUGACAUCCGAAAGGCUUAUGAAAGUUUCAGUGGAUAACAAAAUGAGUAACAAAGCAGGUUCUGUUUUAUGGAACCUCAGACAAUUCAGCACUUUAGUUCCAGUUAGCAGAACUUUGAGUAUAUAUUCUUUGGGACUUUGCAGACCAAAAACUGAUCAUUCAAAGUGGAACCUAAGAAAUCUUCCAUUUAAUGACUUUGGUAAUAGAGUGAGGCCAUCUAUUAGAUACCUCUUUCAAGAUGCAUUCAUUUUAAAAUCAAGAAAUGGUGGCUUUCAGUCAGAAAGCUUGAAUCCUCUAACAGUCUUUAGAGUUAACAGACUACUUUGUCCUAGAGGACUAUCGUUUGACUCAAAACAUUCUUUUGUUUCUGUUGGAUUGAAGAAAGUAAACUUUCAUCAUGAGGCCUCCAGUGAAGAUGUACCCUCCCAAGAAAUGAAGCGAAACCCUAUCAACUAUUCAAAACUAUCUGAGGAGUCUCAUUCUCUGAGUGAUGUAUUAGAUACAUUUUCAAAAGCACCUACAUUUCCUGCUAGUAAAUACUUCUUAGCAAUGUGGACAAUUGCCAAAAGGAUGUCUGAUGAUCAGAGGCGCUGUGAAAAACAAUUGAUGUUUAAGCACCCUGCCUUUAACCAGCUUUGUGAACACAUGAUGAGAGAAUCCAAGAUCCUGCGCUAUGACCAUCUGCUAUUCAGUCUUCAUGCGAUAGUGAAACUUGGAGUCUUUCAGAAUACGCUUCUGGUACAGACUUUGUUGAGGGUUAUCCAGGAACGUAUCAAUGAGUGUGAUGAGAAAGCGCUCUCAAUUUUGUCAACUCUCUUAGAGGCAAUGGAGCCAUGCAACAAUGUAGAUGCUCUUCGAACAGGAUUGUGGUUGCUAGUUGAUCAGCAAGUUUGGAAAAUAAAACAUGUCUUCACAUUACAAACUGUGAUGAAAUAUAUUGGAAAAGACGCACCAGUUGCUCUUAAAAGGAAGUUGGAGAUGAAAGCUUUGAGCGAAUUAGAUGGAUUUUCUGUUUUGAAUAGCCAGCACAUGUUUGAGGCAUUAUCCACCAUGAAUCACCGUUCGGUUAUACUCCUGAAUGAAUGCAGCAAGAUGAUCUUAAAUAAUAUCCAUGGGUGUCCUAUUAAAGUACUCAUCAACAUAUUGCAAUCCUGCAAAGACCUUCGAUACAAUAAUUUAGAUCUCUUCAAGGGAAUAGCGGAUUAUGUGGCUACAACUUUUGACAUCUGGAAGUUGAAACACGUUCUUUUUCUCCUCAUUUUUUUGGAAAAACUUGCCUAUCGACCUGUUGAUCUGAUGAACUUGUUUAUGAAGAAAAUUGUUGAGGAGCCUCAAUUUCUAAACAAGAAAAACAUUAUCUCUAUUCUUCAUGUAUAUUCAUCUCUUAAUCAUGUGAACAAAUGCCAGAACAAAGAGUUCCUAGAAGUUAUGGCUAGUGCUCUGACUGAUCAUCUUCACCACAUCUCAUCUGAAACCCUGUUGAAUGCUGUGUGUUCGUUUUGCGUAAUGAAUUAUUUCCCCUUGGCUCCUCUUGAUCAGCUUCUCCAAAAGGAUGUCAUCCAUGAGCUGCUAACAUCAGAUGACAAGGAGAGGAAUGUUCACAGGCUUCAUAUUUUGGAUGCUUGUCUAAAACUCGAUCAUACUUCUUAUGACAAGGCCAUAGACGCAGCACUGCCACCGCUGCCAUCUUCCCCAUCCCACCCAAAUGCAAAAGUUGCUGAAGGAUUGAGCAGGCUUCUGGGAGGCGACACAGGGUUCUCGAAAGAUGUGCAGUUGCCACAUAAUUAUCAUGUUGAUUUUGAAAUCAGAAUGAAUGACAACAGGAGAGCAGCUGUGCUGUGUGUUCCUAGAUCUGUUUACUGUUUGGAUUCAAGCCACCCCAGAGGAUUGUUGGCUAUGAAAAUGCGACAUUUGGAUGUAAUGGGUUUUCAUGUAGUCUUGGUCAAAAACUGGGAGAUGGAAAAACUAGAGAUGGAAGAUGCAGUCACAUUUUUGAAGACUAAGAUCUAUUCCGCUGAAGACUAUUCUGCUACUGAUAUAAAUUUGCAAAGCCCGUAUUAAAGUAAAAAAUCAACCUUUCAUAUUAGAAUACAUAGAUUUAUAAGAAUAAAGACUGUUGUUCAAUUAUCAGUGGAAUAA